AGUCAGCAGGGCCCCUUCCUCCUCCUGGUGCAUAGGAACGUGUGUCCUGGGCUGAGAUGUUGCCGGAAACUAGCACCUGUUGGAAGCCCUCCCAGAAUCUUGGUGCCUGGUAACUAAAAUUUAGAGAGUGCACAUCCUGACGUCAGAGGGCUACAGAGAGGAUCCAGAGAGGAAGCUGCCUCUGCAACUGUCCGGUUAGGUCCACCUGCCUCCUGCACGGCUUACCCACCUCCUACGCAGCCUGGAACCGUGAGGAUCAAUGCUGCUGGCCGUGGACACGGGCCAAAGAGCUGGCCCGAACGACCCUGGUGACAAGGACAGGGAUCUGAAGAUGCUCUUGCACCAACUCUGCCACCUUCAGGCCAAGCAGAGAAAGCUGGAGAGAGAGCUACAGAGAUACAAGCCAUUCGCAGACUAUCUGAGGAAGGUCCUAGAGAGAAUCCCCAAAGGCUGCAGCGAUGCAGAGAAGCCCGAGGCAGCCGGGCUGGAGGCCCUGGUGCGGCGCUACGGGAAGCUCCUCACGGCCAGCAGGGAAGCCCAGAAGCAGCUGGACGCCUUCUGCCAGAUGACCCGGGCAGCGCACGAGGCACUGGAGUCCCUAGAGGACAGCCGCAAGGCCCUCCUGCCGAGCCUCAAGAUCCGGCUGUGUCAGCUGCAGAAGAAGUGUCACCACAAGCAGGAGCAGUGGAGGCAGGUGCAAGCCGGCAUGGCCCACCAGAACAGCCCAGGCUUUGACACACACGCCCACCCUGGAGGCCACAAUGUGAGCUGGGGCCGGCUGCUCAGCUACAUGCAAGUGGCCAUCCACAACAUGGCCCAGCAGUGCUGCCCUCCGGCCCAUGGCAUCCCCACGGGCAUGGGCCUCUUCUCCCAGCUGGACCUGAUUCAGGCAUUUAUAUUGGACAAGAUGGAGACCGUGAGGAUGAUCUCACUGCUCACAGAACCCAGGGUGUGCUGGGCAGGGGACAGCCUCAGGGACAAGAGCCUGAGAAAGCAUCCCAGGCCCUUCAGGAAGUGGCCAAUGAACCAGGCCACGUCCCCCAGGACCCCCUUUCCCAGUGGCCAGGCUUCGGAGUGCUCCAGCCUGUCCUGACGGCCGCCUUCCCGGCCAAGGCAUCACGACCAACCGGCUUCCUUA